AUGGAGGAGAGGCAAGCUGCAGCGAGGAGGGACCGCGUCGGCCACGGAGCUGGAGGCCCGUCAGCCGCAAGGAAGGAGCGCGCCGGCCGCGGGGAGGGAGGGCGCUGGACACAGAGGAGGAUGGGUGUCGACCAUGUGCUGGGAGAGCGCCGACCGCGAAGGAGGGGCGCCAGCGACGCGAGUCAUGGGGGUGGUGAUGGCACGCUUUUGUUAUCGGGGCCUGGCGGCGUUGCGGUUAGAGGUUGGGGCUCCGGCGGCGGCGCCAUUGGUGGUCUGGGCUCCGUGACGGCGCGCUUGAAGGUCCGGACUCCGGCGGCGGGCGCGGUUGGUGGUCCGGACUCCAGCGGCGGCACGGUUGGUGACCCGGCUCUGCGGCGGCGCAGUUGGAGGUUGGCGCAGGGGCGGCGGCGGCCAGGUGGAUGGCAGUGCGGGGGCGGCGGCGGCUAG